ACUGUAGCGGUCUUUGAGGGCAGGAAAUGAAACGGAUGUCGUUUGCGUCAGUCUGAGGUCAAAAAUGGAGUUCAGGCGUGUGUGUGUGUAUAAAAAGAAAACGUUUGCUUUCUUUUGUUGCAAGCGAUUCAACUCAGCAUCAUGUCAGACAAUAAGCAUAAAUACACCAACAGGCUUAUAAACGAAAAGAGUCCCUACUUGCUUCAACACGCCCAUAAUCCUGUUGAUUGGUAUCCGUGGGGUAAUGAAGCCUUUGAACUAGCAAAGAAAGAGAACAAACCCAUCUUUCUCAGUAUCGGUUACAGUACAUGCCAUUGGUGCCAUGUUAUGGAGCAUGAGUCCUUUGAAGACGAAAAAGUAGCAGAAAUCAUGAAUGAAUAUUACGUUAACAUUAAAGUUGAUAGAGAAGAAAACCCAGGAGUGGAUAGAUUGUACAUGACUUUUGUCCAAUUAACAACAGGUCAUGGAGGUUGGCCAAUGUCUAUAUUCUUAACACCAGAGUUGACUCCUUUCUUUGGCGGAUCUUACUUUCCUCCUCAGGAUCGUUAUGGUAGUCCUGGAUUCAAGACAUUGCUAACCCGUAUCGCUCGUAUGUGGGCCGCUAAUCCUAAUGAAAUAAGAUCAAGUGGUAAAAAUAUCAUUGGUCAGUUACAGGAUUACGCCGCGACGUUACCUGCAACAGAGGACGGUAUAAAUUUUAUGGAAAUCCUUGAAGAUACUUACGAUCACUUUGAGAACUCCUUUGAUGCCAUUGACGGAGGUUUUGGAAAAGCUCCGAAGUUCCCUACACCAGUUCAGUUGAAGUUUUUGAUGGACUAUUAUCACUUGAUACAGCGCUCUUCAAGUGAAAGUGCUUCCAAGGCUAUUGAUAUGGUAACAUUUACACUGAAAAAAAUCGCCUCUGGUGGUAUCCAUGAUCAUGUUGGAAGUGGAUUCCAUCGAUAUAGCACAGAUAAAAAAUGGCAUGUGCCUCAUUUUGAAAAAAUGCUGUAUGACCAGGCACAGUUACUCUCUUUAUACUCAUUUGCUUACUUGAUCACCAAGGAAUCCAUCUUUGCUGAUGUUGCCAACGAUAUCAUUCUCUAUGUAUCUCGCGACUUGAGGCAUCCUGAUGGUGGUUUUUAUUCUGCUGAAGACGCUGACUCUUAUCCUAAUGAGGAAGCCACAAAAAAACUUGAAGGUGCGUUUUGUGUCUGGGAAAGCGCAGAACUCGAGGGCCUUCUGGGUGCUGAAGUUGCUCGUGUAUAUAGCGUACAUUAUGGUGUUAAGAAAAACGGUAACGUUUCUCCAUCCCAAGAUCCUCACAAAGAGUUGACAAACAAGAAUGUACUUAUGGAAACCGGGUCACUGGCUGACACUGCCAAAGCAGUGGGCAAGAGUGAAGAGGAUGUACGAGACAUUAUAAAGACAGCAAAUGCAAAGCUGUGGAAGCAUCGUUCUCAAGUGCGACCUAAACCUCACAGAGAUGAAAAGAUCCUGGUCACCUGGAAUGGAAUGAUGAUCUCUGGCCUUAUACAUGCCUAUCAAGCCAUAAAAAAUGAAAAUGCCCUGAGUUUAGCGAUUUCAGCUGCUGAAUUUAUCUACAAGAAUCUCUACAACGCCAGUUCACAUACACUUAUUCGAAGCUUCUGUGAGGGAGCAUCUGAUAUUGGUGGUGUUAUAGAUGAUUAUAGCAAUUUGAUACAAAGUCUAUUGGACUUGUAUGAAGCGACUCUUGAUGAAAAAUGGGUUGAAUGGGCCGCUCAUCUCCAAGAAAAGCAAAAUGAGCUCUUUUUUGAUGACGCCAACGGUGGUUUCUUCAAUGUUACAACGAGCGAUACAUCUAUUUUGAUCAGAAUGAAAGAUGAUCAAGAUGGCGCAGAACCUUCAGCCAAUGCUGUCGCCUUGAAGAAUUUGGCACGUCUUUCCUUUUUCUUAGGCAACGAUGAAUACAUGAAGAAAGCUCAAGCAACUGUUCAGGCCUUUCAGGUACCCUUGACUAAGUAUCCUUUUGCUUUACCUGCUUUUGUUUCUUCAUUCAUUCUGGUUGCACAUGGAUCAAAAGAGAUUGUUCUAGCUGGUAGAUUUGAUGAGAAACUACAAGAAUUCAUACAGACAGCAAAUGACAUUUACCUGCCAAAUAGAAUAUUGAUAUAUGCAAAACCAGACGGAUUUAUUGCUCGAAAAAAUGCUGUGGUAGGAGAGAUAGCUUCCAAGGGAGUACAGGAGCCUACUGCAUACAUCUGCAAAGACUUUUCAUGUGGACUUCCCAUCUACUCGCCUGAAGAAUUCAAGACAAGCAUCAAAGAUUAA